GAUUAGUCCCGGCGAAACUCAGAGCCUUCUCCGAAACACAGUGGGGACACUGCGUCAAGCAAAGUUUGAAAAAUCCUGAGCGUGUGUCAAAGGCAUAGGUUCCAUCAUGCUUCCUCUCUAACAACCUUUGAUUGCAUGAUGAUGGCAACAAUUUUCUUAUACUUAACGUUGGUAUUACAUUUUUCUCGGAGUUUGGGAGACGAAAUACCUAUAGGGGGCAUAUUCACGCCUGGCACCAGCGAGAUGAAAACGGCAUUCAUCUACUUCCUGCAUAUGCAAGAUAUGCCCCGGCAGUCAAGAAUGAAAGUGAAAAGUAUACCAGAGGAAGUAGAUAGCGAUGAUCCCUUUAAAGUCGCCAGGGAACUUUGUAUCCAGAUGAGCAAAGGAAUUUUCACCCUGAUGGCGCCAACAAAAGAGUCCAUCUACGACACCUUCGCUUCUUAUACCAACACUUUUCACAUGCCCUUUGUCAGCCCUGCAUUCCCUCAGUUGUCUGCCGAACGUCCUUGUCAUUACGGUGUCAGCAUGAGACCAAACUAUCUCCGAGCUAUCAUCGAUGUCAUCAAACAUUACCAAUGGAAACAUAUCAUUUAUCUGUACGACUCAGAUGACGGCCUGCUGAAGCUGCAGUAUAUCUUUCGUUUGACCACAGAGAGCUACCAGCUAGAUAUACGGGUUGUGAAAAGUAUCGCUAAUGCUUCUGAUGCCAACGACUUUCUUCGCUCUAUAGAGACUGAAGACAGACAGAGCACUAAACGUGUCGUCUUGGACUGCAGUGCUGCUAUGGCUAAAGCUAUCAUCUAUAACCACGUGCAUGACAUUCACAUGGGGCGUCGAAAUUAUCAUUACCUUCUUACCAGCCUGGUUAUGGACGAAUUCUUCAAUACAGAUCAGCCAGAAUUUGGAGCAAUAAACAUUACAGGCUUUCGUAUGCUAAAAUCACUUAGCUCUGAAUAUCAGGAGAUUCUAAAGAAGUGGGAGAGUCUGGACCCAGAAUAUUGGCCUGGGGCUGGCGAAAACUAUAUAUCUUCAGAUGUCGCACUGAUGUAUGAUGGUGUGAAAGUGGUACUGGAUACGUACAAUAGACUCUUGAAACAGAAGCAUGAUCUCUUUCGAAACAAUUUCAGAAGAGGGCAGAUCUACAACAACGGAACGAAAGGUAUCUUAUGUGACAAUCGACCCAUAAACCCAUGGGAACACGGAGAGAAAAUAGCGGCAGAGUUAAAGAAGACGGAGAUUCUGGGGUUAACAGGAAAUAUUUCCUUCUCCGAAGAUGGUUUCCGAAAGAAUUUCACCAUCGACAUUGUUGAAAUGAAUGUUGAUAGCAAAAUGGUUAAGAUAGCCGAAUUUUCCGACAGCCGAGGCUUAGUGUUUGACACUACUGUUAAUGGAGAAAACCUGAAGAAUGGAUUUGAAAACAAAACCUAUAUCGUAACAAGCAUUCUCGAGGAACCAUACUUGAUGUAUAGCAAACCAGAACCAGGCGAGCAUCUGGAAGGAAAUGAUAUCUUUGAAGGAUAUUGCAAAGAUCUAGCUGACUUGAUAGCCGAGAAGCUAAAGAUAAAUUAUGUAUUAAAGCUCGUUAAUGACUCCAAUUACGGAGGACAGGAUCCUAACUCUCCAGCUGGCUGGAAUGGAAUGGUUGGAGAACUGAUUCGAUGGGAGGCGGAUAUGUCCAUUGCACCGCUGACGAUUACCUCGGCCAGGGAAAGGGUCAUUGAUUUUACGAAACCAUAUAUGUCAUUGGGAAUUAGCAUCAUGAUAAAAAAACCAAUGAAGAAGAAACCGGGAGUUUUUUCUUUUCUAAAUCCUCUGUCCAAGAAAAUCUGGAUGUGCAUCAUCUUAGCCUACUUGGGAGUUUCAUUUGUCUUAUUCCUGGUCAGUCGCUUUUCCCCAGUGGAAUGGCGCUUUGAGGAGGCUUUUCUUGGCCCUUCAGUUUCUAAUGAUUUCUCUCUAAUGAAUAGUCUAUGGUUUUCAUUAGGAGCCUUCAUGCAACAGGGCUGCGAUGUCUGUCCAAGGUCUGUCUCUGGCCGAAUAGUUGGCAGCGUUUGGUGGUUUUUUACUCUCAUAAUCAUAUCCUCGUACACAGCAAAUUUAGCUGCCUUCCUCACAGUAGAGAGAAUGGUGACUCCUAUCAACUCAGCCGACGAUUUGUCCAAACAGACAGAAGUCGAAUAUGGAACUCUCCGAUUUUCUUCGACUCAAGAAUUUUUCAAAAGGUCAAAAAUAGCAGUUUAUGCUCGGAUGUGGGAAUUUAUGAACUCCAGAAAACAUGUGUUCACGUCUUCAUACGACGAAGGGAUUAAGAGAGUUAGAGAAUCCAAAGGAAAGUACGCUUUCCUUCUCGAAUCCACCACCAACGAUUAUAUCAACGAACGCCAACCCUGUGAUACAAUGAAAGUAGGGAGAAACCUUGAUGCUAAAGGUUUUGGAGUUGCAACGCCUCUUGGCUCCGGCUUAAGGGAUAAAUUAAAUUUAGCAGUGCUGUCUUUAAAAGAGAACGGAGACCUGGCUAGACUAAAGAAUAAGUGGUGGUACGAUCGGAGUGAGUGUAGCAGCGAUAGCGGAAAGGACUCGUCCCAGAAUGAACUGACAUUAAGUAAUGUUGCUGGCUGUUUCUAUAUACUUAUUGGUGGGCUGGUAUGGGCCAUGGUAGUUGCCUUGUUGGAUUUUUGUUAUAAAGCCCGAGUGGAAGCUUCAAGAGCAAAGAUGAGUAUGAUGGAGGCGAUGAAGGUGAAAGCUAGAAGCUCUAUCACAGGCAUGCACCAGAACGAACGAGGAAGGUUUUAUACGCCGGCACCUUCUCAACUGAUCACUGUUGAUGGAAUAACGGACAACAUUAACCAGAACACGCAUACUCAGGUAUGACGAAAAGUCGUGAAAACAUCAACAUGGAAGAAGAUCAAUGUUACCAUGAAGACAAUAAAGAAGUUUGACAACUCAAGUCACUUAACAAUAUCAUUAUACAAUUAAGUAAACUAAGCUUCCCUUGAGCUCGAUAUAAUAGGUAGUAAAUAGCAAUACAGUGAAUAUUUUUAUUUACUUUUUGCAAUUCAGCAUUAGAGAGUCGAAGAAAACAAAUUCUAGAGAAACGAAGUAAUAAAGUCAUCAAUAAAAAUAAAAACAAAACAGGUUAGUUUUAGAGAAAAAAAUACACAAGUUUCAAGUUUGUGUUUCCCCCUUUAAACAAUGACGAAAGUACGCUUUUCCCAUUAAAAAAAUUAGGAAUUAUUUUUGAUUAUUUAUCAGUUUCGCUUGUUGUGUCCUGCUUUAAUUCUCUUUACAAAAGUCGUGAAUGCUAUAAUCUAACUUAGUAUUUAUUCUUGAGUUAUUAUUCAGUGAAUGAAUUGCAAAUAUUCUGUACCACAAGGUCACUGUUUGACUUUGGUGAUCGCAUAUCAUUGAUUAGGUGCCAAAAUACAGUUCGUAGUAAAUAACACAAAUAUAAUAUUUAGAAAUAAAUAUUUUUUCUUGCUCCAAAACAAUGAUAGUUUUGUGAAGUUUUAAGCUUAUGUGUUAUAUUGGCACAGUUAUGAAGUCAAUUAGUUGUAGUUCGAAUUGAUAAGUUUGUAAUAAGAAAAACAAAACAGAAAACAACUAAAACUCUAAACAAGAAAAUAUUUUAUAUGAUCUGGAGUACUAAUGUAUAUCCAGUAAAAAUAUGAAGAGAUAAGUGAACCAAAAAUGUUUACAUUUUACUCGACCACCUAGUUGUAAAUUAUUAUUUACUUUUGUUUAUUUUGCACGAUAUUAUA